UGGACUCUCUAGCCUGUCUGCUCGGCGUUGCUCCUCUGAACAAUCACGACACAACUUCCAGAGGGACAGGAGGAUGGACGACACCACCGCCCCUAUCACUAAAUCUGGAGCUGCCAAGCUAGUUAAGAAAAAUUUCCUUGAGGCUCUAAAGUCAAAUGACUUUGGAAAACUGAAGGCUAUUUUAAUCAAAAGGCAAAUAGAUGUGGACACAGUUUUUGAAGUUGAAGAUGAGAAUAUGGUUUUGGCAUCUUAUAAACAAGGCUAUUGGUUGCCCAGUUAUAAAUUAAAGUCUUCCUGGGCCACAGGCCUGCACCUGUCAGUCCUGUUCGGUCAUGUGGAAUGCCUCCUGGUGCUCUUGGACCACAAUGCCACAAUCAACUGCAGACCCAACGGAAAGACCCCUCUUCAUGUGGCGUGUGAAGUGGCCAAUGUGGACUGCGUGAAGAUCCUGUGUGACCGUGGAGCCAAGCUCAACUGCUAUUCUCUGAGUGGACACACAGCUUUGCACUGCUGUACAACACCGAGCUCCAUCCUCUGUGCCAAGCAGCUGGUGUGGCGAGGUGCGAACGUGAACAUGAAGACCAACAACCAGGACGAGGAGACGCCUUUGCACACCGCGGCCCACUUUGGGCUCUCAGAGCUGGUGGCCUUCUAUGUGGAGCACGGGGCCGUCGUGGACAGCGUGAACGCCCAUAUGGAGACCCCGUUGGCCAUUGCCACCUACUGGGCGCUGCGCUUUAAAGAGCAGGAGUACAGCCCGGAGCAUCACCUCAUCUGCCGCAUGCUGCUGGACUACAAGGCCGAGGUCAAUGCCCGAGACGAUGACUUUAAGUCUCCCCUGCACAAGGCGGCUUGGAACUGCGACCACGUGCUCAUGCACAUGAUGCUGGAGGCUGGCGCUGAAGCCAACCUCAUGGAUAUCAAUGGCUGCGCUGCCAUACAAUAUGUGCUCAAGGUCACCUCCGUGAGGCCUGCCGCCCGGCCUGAGAUCUGCUACCAGCUGCUGCUAAACCACGGGGCUGCCCGAAUAUAUCCUCCGCAGUUCCAUAAGGUGAUAAAGGCUUGCCAUUCUUAUCCCAAAGCAAUCGAGGUUGUGGUCAAUGCCUAUGAGCACAUCAGGUGGAACACAAAAUGGAGAAGAGCUAUCCCUGAUGAUGACUUGGAGAGGUACUGGGAUUUUUACCAAUCUCUCUUCACUGUGUGCUGUAAUUCUCCAAGGACCCUCAUGCAUUUAUCAAGAUGCGCCAUUCGGAGAGUACUACACAACAGAUGCCACAAAGCAAUUCCUUUGCUUUCCCUCCCAUUGUCAUUGAAAAAGUACUUGCUUUUAGAGCCAGAGGGAAUAAUUUAUUAAGCCUUAUGAGACAGCAGUUUCCAGUCCUAGAUUUCUAAGAGGACACGCUUGGUAGACACAGUUUGCAUAAAUAAAAUGGUACUUGGGUUGAUUAUAACACUCCAGGGAUUUCAAAACACUUUACAAACACUGUCAUUAAUCUUGGCAUAUUAUGGUGAUGGGAAAUAAACAGGUACAGGUAAGGAAUUUUCAAAGACAAGAAAGUAUUCAGAAAGUACUGCUAUUAUAGUAAAACUAAUAUGUACAGUACUCAUACUAGAUGCUGUAAUAUUUUGUUUAAUUUUGCAUAUAUUAUCUAAUCUGAAAUGGGACCUAAUUUUUCAUAAAAUCAAAUUCUGUGACAUCAGUAAUAAGUUUACGUUACUGUUCAGUUAGCAAUAUAGCAAGUUUUGUGUUCAGUUUCUUAAAGUUGGUGUCUUACUCUGUGACUGUAGCAGUAACUAACUAGCACUAGAUUUGUAAAAUCCUACUCUCCCAACCAAGGUCCUCAAGUUGUUUUAGUGAAGAGUGCACCUAAAAAUAGUCAAAGCAAGAUCUGUGAGUCAAAUUAGCAAUAAAGAAAGACCAAUCCACUUCGUAGUUAGGAAUGGACAUGUCAGCGCACACACACACACACACACACACACACACACACACACACACACAUUGAGCCAGAGACUGGAGAUGCAAACAAGAGUGAAAAAGAACUCCUGCCCUCCACGAUCUCCCCUUUUGGCAGAGGAUCCAGACAUAUAAGCAGGCAACCGUAGUGCAGAAUGAUACAGGUACAAAAUCACAGUUAGUGCUUACCUUUCAAAUUUAUGUUUCUGACAUGAAGUGUGUGAAAAUAAAGAAUGAAGUGACUGAGAAGCUGAGGUUUCUCCUCUGAUUGUUAAAAUAUAUGUAUCUACUUUUUAAAUUUAGUUUCUCUAAAUAUCUAGGUAUUGUUUUAUUUUACUAUGUUUUCUUAGUGUCUUUCCAAAUUCUAAGAAAAAUAUCACACACUCAAUGUACUUGUGAAUUUGACCAGGGAAUUUAGGAAAGUGGAUUUAAAAAAAUGUGAAAGAACUUAAUUGAUUAUGUUGAGCUUUUAAUGUAACUGACAUUUGCGAGUGUUUUAGCUGGAAGGUAAGGAGCACUUUUCGGGUGAUUACUGGCCUCAGAGAGUAAACUGAAAGACUUGUGAAAAUGGUGAAUAUUUGAGAGGCUUGGGAGAUAGGCUUGUCAUGCAGACUUGCUAGGGAGUGGUAAGAUUCACGUGUAGACCUCACUGUUUAUUAGACCACUAUUGUUUCACUUUCUGUUCUUCAGAAUCACUUUUAGGUAAGCCCAUUGCCUCUGGCAUCACAUUUUAGAGGCUAAAGUAGAAGUAAUUAAGGGCAAAGGAAUCUAUUUGCUAUUUGUUGACAGGUUUCUUUUGUUUGUGUGCUCUUCUAUCUUGUUUAACUUCUCAUACUUGAGUGUUGGUUAGAGAUAAUGUCAAAUAAUCUACUCAGCUACCUCUAGGCUAAACUCCGAAACUGUGAUUCUCUUACUCCUAGCCCUAAGUAAGAAAAACCAUGGGUGGCUGCAGUUAUUUUUCUAAAGUAUCAGUUUUUCUCAACUAAUCUGGGGAAAACAUUUUGUACUAAAACAAGAUUUUUCUCAUGGAAGACAACAUUGAAUUUGCAAAAAUUAUUCAUAUAAAAUGUGACUCCUUAAAAAGUGACCUGUUUUCAGCAAGUAUAUUAGGACCCAUCCUAGAAUAUUUCAAAGACUGUUUUUUCCCUCCAUCCUUGGAGCUUCUGGCAGAGAAACUUGAAGACUUAGGACAAACAGACUGAUGUUGAAGACAAGAGGAGACGUUUUUCAUAUGAGGAAAUAAAAAUGUUUCUCAUUUGGCUUGCUUGUGUUUAAACAUUUGUAUUAAUCUAGCAUAGCUGCUUGUUUAGAAGUGCUUGUGACUUAAAGUGAUUUCCCCCGUCAUUUUCAAACUUUUAUUUAGAGAACAUAAAUAAAGCUCUUCUGUUUCCUUC